GGGGGUUCAAGCGACCGGGACGCGCGGAGAUGAAUUUUACAUCCUCGAAUCAUUUGUUCUCACGUGUGUGUGUGAGAGAGAGAGAUUUACCAGAACUCUUCUCCUGUCGUAUGUUUCGUUUUGAGAAACCAACUUUCCGCACGAGUUCGACCCAGGUGUCAGCCACCGCUCGUCCGACCGCUCUCAACGGCCACACUUGUCGGCGCGCGUGAAUGCGAUAGCCCCCCUCCUCCCCCCUCCCUCCAAAAACACUUUCGGGAAUAAUACGGUUUUUCUUUACCCCCCCUCCUCUCUCUCUCUCUCUCUCUCACGGACCUGCCCCCAGCCAGUCUCUCCUCACCCCAGAGACGGACCGUGGCCUAGCGGGAAGAACGGCUCGACUAUGUGGAGACGGAAGCGGGCACUGGGGGAAUCCUUGGCUCGCCUCGCUCUGCUGCUGACGCUCGUCGAUGCGCAUCGAUCCCCGGUCCUGAGGCAGAACACAGCCUCCCAGUUCCUGAGCAGGCACAGGAGGGCCAACUCUCUGUUCGAGGAGAGCAAGAAGGGCAACCUGGAGCGGGAGUGCGUGGAGGAGCUGUGCAACAAGGAGGAGGCCAGGGAGAUCUUCGAGAACCAGCCGGAGACGGAAUACUUCUAUCCCAGAUAUGUUGUGUGUCUGGGUUCACACCGUGUCGGCAUUAACAACCAGAAUUCAGAUUCUGCCAUCCCAUCGGACCUUCGCACCUGUGUGAAGGAGAUCAGUAACCAGUGCACACCAUUUCCAUGCUACAAGGAGGGUUCGGAGCGCUGCGUGGACGGCCAGGCCUCCUUCACAUGUGUAUGUAAGCCCGGCUGGAAGGGGGCGCGCUGCGAGGACGACAUCGAUGAGUGUUCAGAUCAUGAAUUUCCAGCGGGAUGCAAUCAAAGAUGUAUCAACUUCCCCGGCAGUUUCCGCUGCAUGUGUGAAGAGGGCUACUUCAUCAAUGACAAAAUCAACUGCGUGGAUGUCGAUGAAUGUCUCAUGUUUCCCAGCAUCUGCGGAGAACCGGCUAAAUGUGUCAACACGCCUGGCAUGUACAAGUGCCAGUGUCCCUCGGGAUUUAAAUAUAACUUCACUUCCAAAACCUGCAAUGAUGUGGACGAGUGCGAGUCGAGUGUGUGUGACGGCACUUGUCUGAACACAGUGGGCAGCUAUGCGUGUUACUGUGAUGGCCGCCAGGGUCUUCAUUUGGUGGACAAUAAACGAUACUGUGAAAGAAUCCCUGUUUGUGUGGAUCUUCAUGACUACAAACACUCUGAGAUGCUGUACCUGGGGGAGCAGUUUGCAGGCCUGCCUGUCAUCUAUCUGCGUUUCCGUCUGCCAGAGAACACAAAGUUCGCAGCAGAGUUCGACUUCCGUACGUUCGACCCAGAGGGAGUUAUUCUGUAUGCUGAGUCCUCGCAGGAUUCUUGGUUCAUGUUGGGGCUGAGAGACGGUCGCAUUGAAGUCCAGUUCAAAAACCAGCACACAUUCAAGGUCACCAGUGGAGGAAAAGCCAUAAAUGAUGGACAGUGGCAUGUGAUCUCCGUGGAUGAACUGGAGAGCAGCAUCAGUGUGAAGAUCAGCAAGGAAGCUGUAAUGAGCAUCAACAGCCCCGAGAGUCUCUUCACUUCAGUUAACGGCAAGCUGGAGACCACGGUCUACAUCGCCGGUCUGCCCAACCACACUGACAACCGCACUGACCACAUUAUCAAACCUAUCAACCCUCGACUUGACGGCUGCAUCAGGGGAUGGAACUUGAUGAAUCAGGGAGCAUCUGGGGUGAAGGAGGUCAUCCAUGGGAAGAAGAGUAAACAUUGCUUUGUGUUUGUGGAACAAGGUUCUUUCUUCACCGGUGCAGGACUGGCACACUUCAACAUUGACUACAGUGAUUCUGGGAGCUGGAAUGUGGACAUAAAGAUGAAUAUACGUCCGUCCAGCAGCACAGGUGUCCUCUUUGCUCUUGUCUACAACAACACAGUCCCACUGUCAGUCGCUGUGGUAACGAAGGGAGAGGGAGAUGCUGACCUGCAAGUGUUCUUGGAUGGUGUCUCUGUGGCAAGGCUGGACUCGCUGAUGCUGUGCUACCCCGAGCGGUUGACAGUGCAGCUGAAAGUUACUCCUACAGAAAUCCAGCUCUUGGGCAACUUUUCCACUGUUGCGUACAUGGCGCCUGACGCCCUGCAGGAGGCACUGGAGCGCCUCAAUACCACCAUGCAGAACCCCAUCAGUACAUAUAUUGGCGGGAUACCAGACGAUGUCCCGUUACCUGCCAACCCGGUGACGGCGUUUUACCAUGGCUGCAUGGACAUCUCCGUCAACGGCCAGCAGCUGGACUUUGACGAUGCUCUCAGCAAACACAACAGUAUUAAGAGUCAUUCCUGUCCUCCCGUCUCUGCGCCUGAAAGCCACCGUGACCCACCGCACCCACACAGAAAGUGACCUUAAUUAACAGUCGCAUCACAUUAAAAAAAAACCUCACACUUUAGGCAGUGUCCCAAAGUGGCCACUUCUUGGGACAUUUUGGAAGGAGAGAUAUAUAGGGCAGAGGAGAUUGGAGGGAGGAAGAGGAUGAGAAAAAAGUGGUAAGGAGAGGAAAUAGAGAUAGACGGUUAUAGUCAUUUUUGUCGACUUUCUCAGAUGGGUUUAUUUUAAGCUUUGUCUCAUUCUUUUCAUCCAUACAGUAUUAUUGCUCCUGUUCUGGGAGCAUUUUCGUUCAGUUUUUGUGUUGUUAUGUUUUUAGGAAGUCACAAUGAAAGCUGGCUUACCAGUGAGCUACUCAGAAACUGGGUGGCUAGAUGACGUAGUUGUCGCAGUUUGUUGCAAUGAAUGAAAUUCUUUCCUGGAAGCUUUGAAAAAGAGCUGAGCUCUGUAAUGCACAUACCAUGUGUUGAGCAAGAGAUGGUUUUGCUUGUGUACUGUAUAACCAUAAACAAAUGGUCACAGUGGACCAGGCUGUGAGACCACCUGCAUCUUUUUUUCCUGCUUUUAAAACACGGUACUACUAUCUCUAAAUUCUCUUCAAUUCUUGAUUCGUGGAGGAAGACGUCCGGAGACAACCAGCUGAAAUUGUGGUGGUUGGUUGUGCUGAUGAAAACCACAGAGGAGAAAGCUGAGCCUCCAGGCUUUCGAUCCAAAUCUGUUGCAUUUACUACUACUUAUUAAAUCACUGUCCCUUAGAAACAUAGUUUAUCAUUCCCAUUGUUCCCAGAACAAGGGUUGUCACCAGAUGUAUACACCUGUUAAAACUUUUGUCUUCUUCUAUUUCUGUCCUCAUCCUCAGGGUUCUGUCACCUUGUACAUAAAACAGGCCAUUUAAUAUAUAACUAAAAUGUAGUUUGUUUAAAUAAAACCAUAUCGAAGCAA